CUCGGCGCACGCAUAGCACUUUAGUUCUGCAAAUGAGCGCAUCCUAAACGCUCGAAACGUGCUCGCCAUUAGCAAUACUCCUUAGAGAUAAAAGAUAUGUGAACGAUUUUUGUACCAUUUUAAUGUGUUAACUAAUAAACUAGAUAACGUUGACUAGUAGCGAAGAUGUUAAAAGUAGUUUUUGUGUAUUUUUUAGUUCUCUUCGCAUACAGCAAUGCAACGCCUCCUGUCAGUUUCGAGGCUAAUCCAGAUACAAAACGUCUUUAUGAUGAUUUAUUGAGUAAUUAUAAUCGACUCAUACGCCCUGUUGUCAAUAAUACUGAGACACUGACAGUAUGGUUAGGUUUAAAAUUGUCUCAGCUCAUUGAGGUGAAUUUGCGAAAUCAAGUGAUGACCACUAACCUAUGGGUGAAACAGCGUUGGUUCGAUUACAAAUUGAGAUGGGACCCUGAAGAGUACGGUGGUGUUGAACAACUUUAUGUGCCAUCCGAACAUAUUUGGGUGCCUGAUAUAGUUUUAUAUAACAACUGGGAUGGUAACUAUGAGGUAACACUCAUGACAAAGGCAACACUAAAAUACACCGGAGAGGUCUUUUGGGAGCCGCCAGCUAUCUACAAGUCCUCUUGCGAAAUGAAUGUCGAAUAUUUUCCUUACGAUGAGCAAAUUUGCUUCAUGAAAUUCGGUUCAUGGACAUACAACGGUGCACAAGUGGAUUUGAAGCAUUUGGAUCAGGUUCCUGGUAGUAAUCUCGUGCAAAUCGGAAUUGAUUUAAGUGAAUUUUACUUAUCGGUCGAAUGGGACAUACUCGAAGUUCCUGCAACUAAGAAUGAGGAAUACUAUCCAGACACAUUGGAACCGUUUUCUGAUAUUACAUUUAAGCUCACCAUGCGUCGCAAAACACUGUUUUAUACCGUUAAUUUAAUUGUGCCCUGUGUUGCAUUGACAUUUUUAACGGUGUUGGUAUUUUAUUUGCCCAGCGAUUCCGGCGAGAAGGUUACGUUAUGUAUUUCAAUUCUUGUCUCGUUGACUGUGUUCUUCUUGCUGUUGGCCGAAAUUAUUCCGCCAACAUCAUUGGCCGUACCGCUGCUAGGCAAAUAUCUGCUAUUUACCAUGAUACUGGUCUCGUUGUCCGUAUGGACAACGGUAUGUGUAUUAAAUAUACACUUUAGAUCCCCGUCAACGCAUAAAAUGUCGCCACUUGUACGUAAAUUAUUUUUGCACUUCAUGCCGAAAUUGAUGAUGAUGCGUCGUACGCAGUAUACAUUGCCUGACUAUGAUGAUUCCACACCCAGUAAUGGUUAUACAAAUGAAAUUGAUGUGCGCAGCGAUAGUAUUAGCGAUUUUCCUAGUGAGUUCAAGGACAGCCAGGAGGGGCCGUAUGAUAAUGGUGUACAGAAUUCGAUUGAUUCUGACAAUGUGAUACCGCGCAAUUUGACACCCGAGGUGCUGCAGGCAUUACGUGCGGUGCGUUUUAUUGCGCAGCACAUUAAAGAUGCCGACAAGGAUAAUGAGAUCGUCGAGGACUGGAAGUUCGUAUCGAUGGUAUUGGAUCGUUUCUUUCUCUGGACAUUUACGUUGUCAUGUGUUUUUGGCACCUUCGCCAUUAUCUGUCAAUCACCAUCUCUAUAUGACACACGCCAACCGAUCGACCGACAGCUCAGCGAUAUACCGUUGAGGAAGAACAACUUUAUGCUGCCACCGGAUAUUGUGCGUCAGAUUGUUAAUUGAAAUGUUUUGAAGAGAAAAUUCGUGUGUUUAGUGAUAAGUUUUAAGAUGUUUAAGACUUAAAUAAGGAAUUAAGCUGAAAAAUUUGAAAGUGAGUUAACACUGGAAGACAUAUUAAGUAAUAAAAUACAUAUUGUUAUUAAGAAAAAAAAACAUAUAGUCUGACACAAACAAAUAGCAAAGACAGCGAUCGUUUGUAAAAAUGAAGAAGCUUGUGAAAAGAGAAUUGCUUGCAUUAAAUAAGAUACAUUUUACAAUUUUUAAAAAUUGAAUCGCACUCGCAUAAAACCUUAUCCAACUUACAGGAAAAUAAAAAAAAAAAAAUUAUGCUAAAUUUUCAAAAUAGUAAGAUACAUGCACAUAGUAUGUAAUGUUAAUAAAUGCAUAUGACUUACAUCUACACAUAACGCCAUUCAAUCCUUGAGAAGAAUUAAAAAAAAAUGAUUCGCAAUAUAAUGAUAUUUAAGUAUAAUACUUAAUGUAUAACAGCAAGAAAAAUGAAUAAAAAAUUAU